AUGCAAGCCGAACGUAGAAAAUUUUUACACGUGUUCCGAUUAGGUCGAGAUAAAAAUGUUGCUGAUGUAAUAUUUAAAGCAAUAUUUUCAGCUUACACAAUUGGCAGUAAUGAGACGUUAAUGGCCGGUCAAAAAGGAAAAAAAAAUUUAAAAUCGAACGAGAGAGAGAGUCAGCAGAAACUGCUAAAAUUGGCUAUUAUAUGGGAUUGUCUGGACGGUGCAAAAGCUUUACUCCAAGAGGAACGAAAACGAAAAGCUUUACAAAAUGCAACAGUUCGAUCUCAAUGGGAACAUCCAAAUCUCGAAGUACCGGAUCAAAAUGCAGAGUUGUUUGAUCUUGCUUUGGAACAAAAGAAACCAACAUUUAUCGAUUAUUUUCUUCGGAUUGGCUUUGAUCUCGUAAAGUCCAGUAUGCAAAGUGGAAUUCUAAAAUGGUAUACUCAUUCAUAUGCAAGUUAUGACGAGACUGAUUAUAUAAGCCUGUCGAUUCUGUUUGACAAAGACGUUCCUCCAACUUCAUUUAAAGAAUUGAAUUUACUUUAUUUCAAGUGGAUAGGAUCAUUUAUGGAUGAAAUCUACGUCAUUGAUAAAGAAAACCCGCAACCACAACAAACUGAAUUGCAGGAGAUAUCAGAUGGAAAAUCGACUGACUACACAAUCAAAUUACCGGAACAUUAUUCAAAUGAAGAAAUGUUGAGAGAUCUGUUUCUUUGGGCCCUGUUUACGACCGAAAUUGAUUUGGCCAAAGUGUUUUUGUUACAUCUAAAGUCGCGUAUCUGUGCAGCACUCAUCGCAACACGAUUGUAUAAACAUUUUUCUGAGAAAGCACCAAAUGCAUUUUCGAGAGAGAAGUUGUUGGAACAAGCGAUGGAAUUCGAACAUUAUGCAACUAAUUUUGUUGAAGUUGCUGUUGCUGGUGAAUGUUCAAAAUUCUUUGCGACUCCAUGUGUUGAUGAAGUUUUAAAUCAAAUGUGGUAUGACAAGUUGGCACUGUCGAAUUUCGUGUCAAAGCCUUUGAUCUUAGUUAAUCUAGUCACAAUGGGUUUAUUUGCUUAUUGGUGGUUACCGUAUCGAAAAGUUGAAACACAGCAGCGUCAUCUGAGUGUCAAAAAUGUAUUUGAGUUUGUUUAA